CGCUAGUCACUAGCCCAUGGAUGUUUUUUUUCUCUUGUACGUAAAUGAACUUUAAACGAUUAAAACUUUGUGCUCGGUUAUCUUAUUGAUUUUAAAAAAUAUUUCAUAUAACUUUUCGAGAUCUAUGCAGUCGCAAACCGCCGAAGGUAGUAACCUUUUUUGAAAAGAGGUAAUUUAGUAGUCGAAAUGGAGCGUUUUCUUUCGGUCAAACGUUGGAGAGUUGUAGUUUUCUACUCAGGAACUUGAAUGCUGUAAUAUUUUCUUCCCUUGCAGAGGAGACAAUUUUAAGAAAAAGAGCAUUUUUAUCUUCCUUAUUGGAAAACACUUUUGUUGCGUCACAACUUAGACGUGAUGCACAUUGAUAAAUAAUGUCAUUAGAACAAGGGUUAAUACACUAGUUUGGCCCGAAGUUUAACGUAAAUGAUAGUUUUGGCCUGAGUUUUCAAAUAAGACAGUUAUGGCCCGUUUUUGAAAUUAAUGGACAAAUUUGGCUUGAAAUCUAUGUUGACCGUUAAUAUUAACGGUCAAACAUUUAUUCCGUUAGUAACUCAUUAUUUAGUGAUGAGGUGGCAAUGAUGUGGCUUCCAUAUCAUUUAUUUAUACUUAGAAAAAUAAAAAUUAAAUUAUAACAAAUACAAACUAAAAUAACCCGGCGUCCACUACCCCCACCUUUCGCCCAGAAACUUCAUCUUCCCCCUGCAAAUUCAUCUUUCCCCAUCGAUGAUACCUAGAUACAAGGUGACCGGGGGGUAUCCAAAUUACGAUGAUGUUUUCAACGAGAUCGAAGAAGGACAUGAUUGCCAAACAAGCGGCCAGGCUGUCCUUCAAAAUUAUGCUUAUCUCCUCGCCUGCGUACUUCUCCCGGAGAUAUUUGAUUUGGGGGUCGUCGGAGAUUUACAUCGUCAACCAACCCAGCAUUACUUCCGGGUUGCUUCCCUCUUAUUCCUUGCAAGUUCGGUUCCCCAGAUCGAUCUGUUUCAAGUCAGACAGCUCAAAGUCCCAGCCGCCAGCUUCCCACCGUUUCGAAUUUUCCCUCUUCCCCUGUUUCAAAUCGGUGACCGCCAAUUGCUGGAGCCAACACGACCACCAAUUCUUUCUCUCUCCUUCCAGCUCCCUCCCCGAGGAGUGAGGACUUGCGGUGAGGCGGCGACAUGAGUAUAGAUCUGAACUCUGCCAGUAAGUUGUUGGGGGUUGUUGGUGAGUAAGUUGUUGGGGGUUGUUGGUGACGAAGAUAGCGGCGGCCGACGAAUUCCUCUUCCCUAGUUCGUUAGGGUAAGGUGUCUUCUCCUCUCUCGCCGGCGGCUUAACAGUCGAUGGUCGUCGUUGAAGGAAUGAUAGUUUGCUUAGCUUGAUUGGGGUUGGGUAGAGUUUGUCGAGAGAACUUGGGAUGGGGGACUAGGUUCAAGGUGAAGGUGGGAUGAGAGAAGAAGAUAGGAUUGUUAUUUUUGUGGUUCACGAUUUUUUUUAUUUUUUUCAUAUUUAUGUUUUAUUGUUUUUAUUCCUUAAAUUUAUUGUCAAUUUUUUCCAGCAUAGUGACGUGGAAUUCAUCUUAUAGCACCUCAUCACUAAAUGUUGAGUUAGGGGUGGGCAUCCGGUUCGGUAAACCCAAACCGAACCGGACCGAAACCGAACAACACUAAUUCUGUUCGGAAUUCGGAAGGCAAACCCCCACAUUUCGGGAACCAGGGUAUGCACGACCGAACCCGAAUUCCGGCUAACCGACCGAACAACCGAAAUAUAAAAAGAGACCAUAAACUAAACAAGCCCACUCACUUACAUAGCCCAACUAGCUACCCAAAACCAACUAACUGCCAAGCCCAGCUCAGCCCAACCUCGCUAAACCCUAACUACCACUGGAAUGCAGGCGAUUCUCAUCUCUCUCCGGCAGUCUCCACCAACGGCGCCGCUUCAUCUAUUAUCUUCGUCCACCAUAGAAAAACCAACAGCGAAAGAAACCAGGUCGGCGUCGUCUUUCUCUUCGCCACGAGUCCCAUUUUUUCUCUCCGACCCAUAUCCCUCACUUCCCGUCAGGGCUUCAACCUCACAAAAAAUCGAAAAAAGAAGCGAAAGUCAGAAAUCAGAUCUCAGGCGAAAUCAGGUCUCCGAACUAACAUGCAACCCUCACUCCUCAGGCGAAAUCAGGUCACCGAACUAACAUGCAACCCAAAUAGAAACUAACCUUUGAAUUUCCUCAUAGUUGCUCUUGUUGUCUGUAACAUCAGAACAUAGGUCGAGGAAGAUUGGCGACAGAGGGUUGCAUUUCAUCUUCUUUCCUUACCUUCUGUUCUGCUUUUUUUUUUCUCCCUCUACUUGUUGGCAAUAGAAAUUGGACAGUGGGUUGCAUUUACUCUUCCUUCUCUUCUAAUCUGCUUCUUUUCCUUUGCUUGUUGACAAUAGAAAUUGGCCGUAAGGCUAGUGGGGUUGGUUUUCAUGGUGGCGGAUGAGAUGGGAUAGGAAAGGAAGAUAGAGAGCUAGAUGGAGAAAAAGUGGAGAAGGGGAAAGAUAAGAGAGAGAGUUGGAGUGGGAGAGAAAGAGAGAGACUCAGCGGAGAUAAAAUGGUAUGUUGAAUUUGGGGCCUAUUUCCCAACAGCACAAAUACACAUAAAUAACAAAGUACAGCAGACAUUUUCGGUUUUAGCCAAAAACCCGAACCGAGCUGAUUUAUAUUUCGGUUCGAACAAACCGAACCGAAAUAUAAAUCGGUUCGAAUUCGGUUUGCCAUGAACCUGAAAUCAGAACCCCUGGUAUUGACCAAUUCGGUUCGGUUCAAACCGAACCGACCGAAUGCCCAUCCCUAUGCUGAGUCAUGGAUGAAAAAAAUGGUUGAUCGUCAAUAUUGACGGUCAACUUAAACGUCAGGCCAAAUUUGUCAAAUAAUUUCAAAAGUAGGCCAUAAAAGUCUUAUUUGAAAAAUGGGGCCAGAACUGUCACUUACGCUAAACUUCGGACCAAACUAGGGUAUUAACCCUUAGAACAAUCAUGGAUUUGAAGAAAAAGACCAAAGAUACUAUGAAAUCCCGCCUUGACAUAGAAUAAACAAAAUAGAGAGUAGAAUUACAUCCCAAUCGAGAAAGAGGAAACUGGGAUAUAUCGCGAGCAAAAUACACAUUGAUGCGAGAUGAAAAACGUAAAAUUUGUCGCUUUUUGAAGAGCAUAAAGGUUCCUAAUGGCUUGUCAUCAGAUAUUUCUCAUUGGGUAAAUCACUAGGGCUGGUGAUCGGUCGGUCCGGUUACCGGUAUACCGAUUCAUGGUAAGCGACGGCCGACUACCGAUACCGGGUUACCGACUACACGGUUACCGGUUAAUAUCUCGGUAUACCGUUCUGUUGGUUCUCCAUGGAAGCCGGCGAGAGAUUAUUCGUCGCCGACUCCUUUCCUCCGGGGAUCUCCGACGUCUAACUAUCUCAGUCACCGCCACUUGAUGUAAGCUGGUAAAUCUGGGAAUCGAGAGGGAGAGAGAGAGCCGCUGCUACAAGUCCCGCCGUCGAGAUGCUUGGAGGCUAGAGAAGGAGCCACUGCGAGGGCGCUGCCAUGGACGGAAGCACGAGAUUGAUUCGGUUGGAGGCUGGGGGUUUGAUUCGAAGAUCCGAUCUUGCACGCAAUCAUCGAGAUGCGGGAGAAAUCAACUGUUUGGGUAAGACUUAAGAGUCGCCGCUGUCUAUGAAGAAGAUCCGGAAAAAAUCAAGCUUGAUAUACGGUGGGGCUUCGAGCACUUAAGGAAUUUGGGGAAUCGGGGAGAAAUCAAGCCUUGAUAUGCCGAAAUAAAGCUUGAUUUGCGGCGGGAAUUCAAAAAGCCUUAGUUGGGGAAGAAGAGAGACAAAUAUGGUUAGUUGGGGAAGAAGAUGUUGAACAAAUUAAAAUAGCUUUGAUCUAUGGUGGCCUGGUGGGGUUCGGCAGGCAAAUAAGGUAGUUGAGGAAGAGAGAGAGAGAGAGAGAUAUGGGAAGAAAGAAGACGUGGAGAAGAAAAGGAAAGAAUACGUCCUAUGUGCGCUAGGGAACAGAAGUCAAUAUUGGGGGUGGAUUCGGCUAUUCGGUAUAUCGGGUAACCGCCGGUUAUUAAACGGGUGGAACUCGGUGUAGCGAUAACUAAUUUUAUGCUACCGUAUACUGAUACCGUCGGUUACCGGUUAUACCGUUCACCGGAAAACCAAAUACCACCCCUAGUUAAAUGUAGAUGAACAUAAUACUUUUGAUUUAAAAAGCCAUGAUUGUCAUGUUCUAUUUCUAGAGAUUGUGUUCGAAAUCACUCAUGAUGCAAGAGUUGGAGAAUCAAAGCUAAAAUUCCAA